UUAACUUUACCAGGAGGGACUAUAAAAGGAGGGACUUUCUAGCACCUCGGUAGGAAACUUUCACUGCUGCGCGCCAGAGGAUGCAUGAAGCUGAAAGAGGAACCAGGGAGAAACGAGAGCAUAUUUCUCCGCUUUAUGCCCACAACAAAGACAGGAUUUAAACAAUAGGACUGCAGAGUUUUCAGUCUGCCUGAGAACAUGACUACAAUCCUGCGACUGGAAGGUCUGGAUGAGAAGGCAGGGAUUGAUGAUAUACGAUCGUUCUUCAAGCCUCUGCACAUUCCAGAUGGGGGGGUCUACGUCGUGGGAGGAAGUCUCCGCGAGGCUUUCAUUGCAUUCAGCACAAAAAGAGAAGCGCAGCUCGCCAUGCGUCGGAGCGGAGAGGCCAUCAAAGGCUCUAAAGUGACCCUGAACAUCAGCAGCAUGGCACGGCUGGAGCGCAGGCUGGAGGCGCUGAUGAAAGCAAGAACUUCUCGGAACAUGGCAAUCAAACCUCAGCCACGAACAGCUGCGGGUUUGACAUCAAAUGUUUCACCUUCUGCUCCAUUUCCACCUGAUCCAGAUGCAGCAAAUGUGUCGCAUUUAAAAAACCAGCUGCCUUCAGCCAACACUUCAAAUGAGAACUCUCUGAAUCCCAAUGUGGCCUUUCUUCUUGGAGUUUGUACGGCUCUUCAGGGUCUCCAGUCAACACAAAUUACAGAGCCUGUAAUUGAUGUUUUUAACACAAACAAACUGAGAGGCGAGGCGACACCAGAGCAAACCGUGAGCUCCAAGCCGGGCUACGCAAGGCUCUUUGGUCUGCCAGCUUCAACGACAAAGAGAGACAUUUGCCGUUUUUUUAAAGGGUUAUCCGUACAGGAAGCCAUAGUCAACGUGGCGUUGGGACCCUGCCGGGGCAGCCUGGUCAAGUUUACGACGCAGCAGGAUGCGUCCGACGCGCUCCGUUUCAACAAACAGUUGCUCGGCUCCAUCUGCGUCGAAGUGCGUGGAGCCGAUGAGAAAAUGUGGCUCGGUGCGCUGGAAGAGUGCGAGAACGCUUCGAGCGUCCGGGCGACGCAGAAACCCGAGCCACGCCUCAAGAAAAACGCGAACAGCAGGGACUCGUUGCUCAAGAGGAAAACUGCCAAACAGUUUCCACUGAAGCCAUCGAAAAGGCCAAAAAUUGACGCUCCUUCGACGCCGCAGCUGGAAGAGUACAUCGUCAUGGUCAGCAAGCUACCUGUUACGAUGACAAAAACUGAAAUAAAACAGUUGUUCAGCUGUCCGGGCAUUUCACACAAAAACGUGCUCCACCUGCUCGAUAAAACCGGCAUGAGGACGGACACGGCUUUCCUCGUCUUCCACCGCGUCGAGGACUUCGACUACGCCAUGAACCUCUCCGGCUGCUGCGUGGGCUCUGACGUCAUCUCUGUCUCGUCGGUCACCAGGAAGACCAUGAUGGAAAUGCUCCUUAAAGACCGCCCGAAGAAACUGAGGUCUUUCCCCACGGAUCCGAGAACGUACCGGGGGAGGGGACGGGAUCAGACGGCGCUGGAAGCUUUGCCAAAAAAAGACCCCAACCGAGGGGGUCGGACGUGCCUGUUCGUCAGGAACAUGCCUGCGGACGUGCAGAAGAGUCAAGUAAAAAGCCUUUUCGAGCAGUUUAAGGUGAACAUGAAGGACAUAGUUUUACUGCACGACGGCGACGGCGGUGGGACUGGUGAAGCCGUGGUUCAGUUCCAAUCAGAGAAGCUAGCCGCUCAGGCUGGGCUGAUCCACGGUACGGAGUUCCUGGGGACCAAUGUGCUUCUUACCUGCAUAACCGUGAAGCAAAUGGAGGGCAUUCUGGCAGGUGUUUGACUGUCAGGCCCAGUUCCCUUGGAUGUUUUUUAGAAAACUCUUUGCCUUUUUUGAUGAAGUUUCCAAUAAUCCAGAUGAAGUGUUUUUGUUGUAUGUAUUCUGCACAUUUUGGAAAAAAAAACUUUAAAUACAGCCAUUGAGGAAAAUCCCACUGUGACCUUUUCAUUGCUUGACCAGAUACACUUAAAUGUGGCUGCAACCUUCAUUCUAGAGGAAAAAACAAACUACAACAAAAGAGAGAUUCUCUCACUGGGCCCACAUCCUGCUUCGUAAAGAAAUGGAAUGAAUAUGUUUUAUAUAAAACAAAUACACAAUUA